AUGGCAGUUGUAUUUAAGGGACUGGGAGCUACUGCAGUAGCAAUUACUGCCGCAAAUGCCCUCGAUUCCAAGAAGUUCCUUCUCAGACAUGAACAUAUGCUUUCUGAGGCCGUACGAGAAGGGCUAGAAGAAGAAAUGGAAAGAGAUAAUCGAGUUUGUGUAAUGGGUGAAGAUGUGGGCCGUUAUGGAGGUUCUAACAAGGUGACCAAAGGCCUAGCUGAGAAGUUUGGGGAUCUCAUGGUUCUUGACACCCCAAUUGCUGAAAAUUCCUAA